CAAAAUGUCCACAGAGCACAUUGAUCCUCUCCACGUGAUGUCACAUUCAUGGACAAUGGGGCCAGCGAGAGAGAGAGAGUGGGUAAAACGAGAGAGAGGGAGAUGUAUAUGUUUUUUGUGAAGGCUGGAUUCUAUCACAGAGGUACCAUCGGGAUUGUUAGAAGAACCUGCGAUUUGCUUGGUGCUGCAUGACUCCACAUUUCAACAUGGCUAAAUUGGGUUCAAAACUCAAAUUGUUACUUCUCAUCCACCUCUUACUGUCUGAAGUAGUAUUUGGCAGAGCUCCACUCCCUCAAAGCAACCUGAGGCCCUCAGUCACUUCAAAAAAGUCUCAAACAGAGAAAGUAGAAUCACAAGUGGUUGAAGAUGGUCUUCUCGCCGCCAAUCAGUUGGUCUUAAACCUCUCAGCCUCUCUACAAGGUCAGCUGGAUCUCCAAAGCAAUGCAAGCUGUGUAGAGCUCGCUAAUGGAGGCUGGAGAGGAAAUGGUUUCUCUCAGGAGCUAUUGGGGUUGGCAAUGGUGCCUGUGCUGGUGUCAGCAGGAUGUUUGUCUGAAGCCCAGGCUUUGGUAAUGCAACUCUACGCAGUGUUAGGCCAAAACGAUACAUGUGAAUUUUUGCAGGACAUACUAGUGCUGAUAAAAAGAGGCAAAGAGAGGGAAUCAGAAUACUUUAAUCAUCACACCUUUACCGGUGAUUUCCAAUCCCCUUCAUCUCCUCUUAUGCUCAACUCUGAGUCACAGCGCCACCUGCAGGCUCUUAUAUUUAACAUCCGUCAGUUAGCUGAGGCGAGUGAGAGAGUUGAUGGUUAUAAGGGUAAAGUUGGACCUAAGGGGCAAUGCAAGGGAUGGGUGAGGGUGAAAGGCACCCGGUUACUGGGACAGAUCGCAGAACAGAGCAGACCAUUGCGUAUUGGGGAAGCUCAGCAGGCUUGUCAAAGCUUGGGAAUCCAAUGUGCAGGUGUGACCCAAGAUGGUAAUUCUGGAUAUUAUUGUGUUAUCUUGAGGCGUGGAAGCAGAGUAGUGCCUUCAUCUAACUCUGAGAGCUGGAUUCAGAAUUGCAAGGUGGGCUCUGUACGUUGGCGCAGAAACGGGGUCCCUCAGCAUCACUGUGUCAAUGAAAAAGAGGAGCGAGUGUAUACGGUUGUGGAGUGGAUUCCUGCAGUUUCCACGCUGUAUAAUCUGGGAACAGCCGUUUACUAUGCUUCGCUUAACUGCUAUGAUACUGCAAAAGAGAGAGCCAUCUUCAGCACUGUGGAUCUGGGCACAGAUGCCCUCAUGGCUGUAACGGGUGGAACCGCAGGGGUAGCUGGUUAUGCACUGGGGGCUGGUUUAAAAACAGGCGUGAAAGCAGGGAUCAAAUAUCUGCUGAACAACAUGAAAGACGAUUCUAACCUGCUAAUGAACCAGAACAGCUUGGAGGAUGGAAUUAUCACUGUCCAAUAAGAACCAAUGAGAAGAUUCAAGAACACAAAGCACUGCUCUGGGGACUCAAGGAUUUUUCCACCAGCAGUAAAUGAUGUUUAAGAAGCUCUGUUUUGUAUGUAUGUUCAGUCAUAUAGUUUGUUACAGUGACAGUUCACAAUAUCAGUCCCAUAAAUAAUAUUAAAAGUUAAAUCUCUACUGAAACAGUAUUUAAAUGCUGUUUUAAUUGGUAGUCAUUUUAAUUGGGUUUUCAUAUGUCCUGUCACUUUCUAUUUUGAUUGUAAUAUUGUUAAUAUCCAAAAGGUAUGUAAUGACAUAAGCAUGGAAGAAACGUCAUUUUUGGUGCGUAAAAAAAUAACAAUAGGAGUUACAUGAGCUUAUUGUAGCAAUGGAUUUUUUCUCAAUUUAAAACAUUACAUUCUGUUAGAUAAAGUUAAUCUGUAUGAUAUUUCAAUAUUUUAUAUAUUAUAUAAUAUGAUAUGAUGUUCACCACAUGUAUUUUUGCACAUGUGAAAUUUAUGUGCUUUUUCUGUAAGGGAUAUUAUUAAUUUUUUUAAAAAGACAUCCCUUUGAUGCAUCA